CGGAAGUGCGGCUCACUUGCUACGCUCUCUGUGGCCUCGCGAAGAGAUGGCUUUGGAAGGAGAAAGCAAGCAGAAGAAAAGGAGAAGAGCUCAGAAGAAGGGAGAGAAUCCGGACGGUGAUGUUGGUGAAAAUCUGAGAGGAGACUAUCUGGUUGGACAAGUCGCCAGUAGCUUAUUCCACGGCAAGCCCCGCGGCAGAACAGGUCGACUGGCGUCCCUCUUCAGCUCUUUUGACCCUCAGCUGCAACCCUUGUACGUGCCUGUGCCUAAAGAGACCACCAAAAAAAGGAAACAGGAUGAAGAGGAGGAAAGUACAUCCCAAAAUCAAAGACCAUUUUUGCAAGAGUCUGCCAAAACAAUGAAAGUGAAGAGACUUUCUGUUGCAGACAAAACGUUGGCAAACAGAGAAAAUGCAUUAGCAAGUGCAGAUUUAGAAGAAGAAGUUCACCAGAAACAAGGGCAGAAAAGGAAAAGCUCUCAAUCUGAUGUCCAAGUAACAGAUAAAAAAGUAAUUGAUGGUGUAGACCACAUAGUUGUAAAUCAAAGGAAGAAAAUUAAAAUCAACCAAGAAGAAGAGAGAUUAAAGAAUGAAAGAACAGUGUUUGUUGGAAAUUUGCCUGUUACAUGUAAUAAAAAGAACCUGAAGUCAUUUUUUAAAGAAUAUGGACAAAUAGAAUCUGUACGAUUUCGGUCUCUGGUUCCAGCAGAGGAAACUAUGUCCAAAAAGGUGGCAGCAAUAAAACGUAAAGUUCAUCCUGACCAGAAAAACAUCAAUGCUUAUGUUGUGUUUAAGAACGAGAGUGCUGCUAAACAAGCAUUGAAAAGAAAUGGUGCCCAAAUUGCAGAAGGAUUUCGUGUUAGAGUUGAUCUUGCAUCUUCCACUUCCUCUAGGGAGAAGAGAUCCGUAUUUGUGGGCAAUCUUCCAUACAAAAUUGAAGAAUCUACAGUUGAGGAACACUUUUUGGACUGUGGCAGUAUUGUGGCAGUAAGGAUUGUGAGAGAUAAAGUAACAGGAGUUGGCAGAGGGUUCGGCUACGUGCUCUUUGAGAAUACAGAUGCUGUUCAUCUUGCUCUAAAAUUAAACAAUUCUGAACUGAUGGGAAGGAAACUCAGAGUCAUGCGUUCUGUUAGUAAAGAAAAAUUAACACAAAAUUCAAAACCCAGUUCAAAGGAUGUCAAUAAAGCUAAACAGCGACUUAAUUUUGCUUCAAAAAAUGUAGGACAUUCAAAAAAUUUAUUUAUUGGAGAAAAAGCUGUUCUCACUAAGAAGAAGAAGAAAAGCCAGAAGAAAAGUGCACCAACAAAAAAACAGAAAAAGCAGAGGUAGCUGGUGAAGCUUUUUAUUUUUAUCUCACUGAAUAUUGGUAAUAAAAGUUUGGUGAACUCAUAUUGAAUUUCAGAAUGUUUUAUGGAUGAUGUAUGUAAAACAUGGAAACUUUCUAUUUGUUAUGUAGAAAUAAUAACUGAAGUAUUUGUUUUAAAGUGUUGGUAGAUUAUGGAGUAUGUGUUACAGGUGAUGGUAAAAGAUGAUUUUAGACUUAAGGGUAAACAUUUAAAAUUUAAAGUUGUGUAUGACUUUAGUGAAUGUCAGAAUUCAGACAAUUAUGUCAAGAAUUGCUUGGAAUGAGACACAAUUUAAAAGUGAGUA